AUGGAUGAAUUAUUUACAAAGGAAAAAGUGCUGUGUAAUGUGUCUUUGAGGGAGGAUCCGCACCGGAUAUUUUUAGACUCAGCUGAGAGAAUUCAAAGCAGAAAAGUAGCAAAUGCGGUGCUGGAGAGGAUUGAAGAGGACAAAUUAGAAGUAUCCGAAAUAUUUAUUUUUAUGGGAGAGUUCAUUAGAAUAUCGAAAAAGCUUGCCAGAUAUGGAUUUGUACAGUUAAAAAGGAAAUUUGACGGGAUACGGCUGAUUAAUUACAUAAUUGGGAAACCAUUACAGUUUACGCAUAAGGAGGAGUCUUUGCUGAGGGAAUUCAUUGAUGUUUUAGAUUUAAAGAUAAAGUCAGAGAAAGUGCCAGUCUUCUCACCUGAAAUUGUGCAGGUGAGUGUUUUGUUCUACCUCGCGAAAAGAUCGAAAGUUGUGGCACUUGAGAUCAGGUACUCACUCCUUCUGAUAGAGACCAUAAAAAAAAGAAGAUCGCACAGAACACAGGAAUAUUUAGAAGAAAUCGUUGGGGUGGUUAAAAGACAAAUUGAGAACCGGGGGUAUGUGGAGAAAGUGAAAGUGCUGGUAAAAAAUGACUGGCCGUAUGAGAAAACAAACCCGGCGCAGAAGGUCCUUCUGGGACUAUUAAAGGAAGAAUCGUGUCCAUACGAAAAUUUCAGCACUCGCCAGAUUCCGAUUCACAUGAUUGAUCCUUUAUUUAUACGGGACAAGCAGACAAUCCACCUUCUUCCUGUUAUUUUUUGUAUAGAAAGGUUACUGGAGGAGAAUCCAGACGUAUCUUCUGUGCUAGUGCCUGAGUAUAUCGACUGUGUGUCUCCGCACUGUAAAGAAAGAAUCAAUUCAGAACAUAUCCGAUAUUAUUUAUUGCACAGAAUGCGCAUAGAUGCAGAGGUGGAUAAGUUAAUUGGGGAGACUCUUGUUCAUUCUUUAAUCGCAAAGAAUAUACUCCCCAGGGGCAUCCUUCACUUGAAGAAGUACCAGACGCAUAAAUAUCUUAAUUAUGUCGUUAUUUCACUGAAGAGAAUAGAAAAAAAGCAGACAGAGAGUAAAGAAGAGAAAGAGUUAUUAUUUUCUGUUCUUCACUGUUUUUCUAUGCACGGUGCGAAUGAAGAGUAUGUGAUUAGCCAAGCGAAGGCGGCGUGCAAGGAAAGUUCCGUACAGAAAAUCCUUCUGGUUUUAAAUAUUCUGUAUAAGGUGCACGGGACUAAAAAAAUAGGGUUUGCAACAGCUCUUCUGAGCCAUGCACUCCUGAAGAGGGAAACCUCUUUUUAUACGAAAACAAUUGUACGGGCAGUUGGAAAGAAGCACAGGAAAAGCUUAGAAAUUGCAAAGCCACUCAUUUUAGACCAUUUUAUAUACCGGGCAACCGAUGACUUAAAAACAGAUGCAUUUGGCACACUUUCUUAUUUAUACGGGUAUGCGUCAGUAAAGGAGUUUCUAGAGAUGGAGAAGUACUAUUUAGCGCCCAGGCUGUGGCAGACAGAGCGUGUUGACGAGUACUAUACAAACCUGCCGACUAUUUUUAUAUACUAUGCCAUAUAUAUACACGAAACAAAAAAGGGGGGCGGUCUUUGGGCAGAGCUAAUAGAGCAGUUAAAGAACACGAUGAAUAAUAUUGGUGUGGAGGUGGCUGUUACUAUAUUCCUGGCAAUUCCAGAGCCAGCCGGGUUCUUUAAAGAGUGCGGGAUAAAUAUAAAGGACCUUCUGUUUGGCCACUCUCUUAUAUCCAUUCUUUGUGCAACCAGGAAGGUUCUAGAAGAGAAGAUUAUCCCGAUUAAUAACUGUGUGUUUAACCUAAUCCAUACGGCACUGUCAUAUACCUGCCAGCAAGACGGAAAGUAUUACAUACAGGAAGUACAAGAAAUAAUUCUGUUUCUGAUUUAUACGGGGAAUAUUAAAGGAAAGGAGAGCUGCUGUGAUAUGCACUGCAGUAAGACACAGUUCUUUAAUCAGUUAAUCGAAAAGUCAGAGAAGCACGAUAUUAUACAGAACAGGUAUAUGAUUGCGCAGGACUUGUCCAAAGAACAGAAAAUAAUGAUCGAGCAGUUAGUGGGUGAGGAUACAUCGCUUUAUUUUGAAGAGGCAUCUACAUUUAAAGAAGCUGUUAUCCGGAUACAUCCGUACUUGAAAUUGCGAGCAUCACUUGAAUUUCUCUCUAUUAAGAAAAUACUCCCGCUGAUUUUAAAAGCAUCCCACGCAGAGAUACACUCCUUUGCUCAAAGCCACUGGGCACAGUGCCGGAGAUUGAUUAUUUCUCUGUAUAGGAUGUACAGCGACUCAAAGGAUAAAGAAGCUCUGCAGGCACUUGCGUGUUUUGGUAUUUUUGGAAUCGAUGCGUUAGAGGAAAGAAACGAUAUUUCAGAUGUGUUUCUGGAUAAAACCGUUAGGUGCGUGAAUUUUGACUAUGAAGAAAGGAAAGAUUACAUGGCUGAAUUUUUGAUUUUGAAAAUAUUUGUUCCCAUCUACUACGAAACGCAUGAUGAUCUUCUGCAGUAUAUUAUACAAGAACUUUUGAAAGACAUAAAAACAAAUAAUUUCACUGAAUUCACGGAUUUAUUAGGGAAAUUGCAGACCUCACAGUAUAUUAUAGAAAUGGAUGCAGGGCGGCUACAGGAAAUAAAAAGCGAGAGGCAGUGUGCACCGUACAGAAGGGGAAUAUCACAUGCACAGUUCCUGAUAAAUGUAAUUACAGCACUGGCACAGAUUCCGGUUAAAAAGUAUCAAUUCCAUAUUCUACACGAUACACUUGCGAUUCUAGACACUCUAUCGGGAAAGAAGUGGCCACAGCGGCAUAAGGAGUCACUUCUUCAGUCAUACUUAUUUUUGAUGAUUUAUUCUCUUAAGCCUUCACACCAAGAGAGUAUUCGUGAGCACUUCCUUCCGAUUUUCAGGGAUAUAAAAGCGGGUGCACUCGUGGAUUUAGACAUUCUUCGGUGCAUUAUAUCAAGCGCACAGUAUAUGAACAGUAUAUUUACAGAUGAAGAGUUGCUGCUUUGCAGUAGGCAUGUGAAGGACAGGCACCUCACCAUUAGAAUCCUUGAAGUACAAUUACAGGACUGUAAAAAUUCAACGGAGAAAGACGCACUUCUUACAGAGAUACAAAAAGAGUAUUUGAAGAUAGAGGAGAAAGAUGUAGUUUUUGGCAUAAAUGCUGAAAUUACAAAGCUGUCACCAGUCAAUUUAGCAGCAGAGCUAAAAAUAAAUAACGAACAUGCAAAUUAUGCAUAUCUGAACAAAGAGAUCCUACAGCAUAAGCCAGCCACAUCACAGAUGGAUGCAAAGUAUGAAGAACUCUUUAAAUCAAUUAGUGACGAAAAAACACCAACAGAAAUAUUUCAGAAGGCAGAGCAUGCAAUUCAAAAAUGGGCAUGCACUGCUCCAUCGUACUCUUUUGACAGGGAUACAUCCAGCUUAAAGUCAUUCCUUAUAGACAUACACUUACUGCAGGACUGCCAGAUUCUUCAAACAGUACCUCUGCCAAAGGCACUUCAAAUAAUCAAGGACAGGAGAGAGUUGCCUAGAACAUAUCAGUCACUCCGCGUAUCAGAAAUACACAGAAAUCUGUUUCAACUCCUUCCGGCAGUUCCUGAAGUGGCACGCGCUGAAGAGGACGCUCUUCUUUACGGCGUAAGAAUAGCAAGAAAGUCUGAGCAGUGCGAACUCUCCGAGAAACUUUUAAUCCGAUCUAUUCUAAAGGACGACUGGAGAGUGUUUUAUGAGAAAGCAAAAAUCCAUUUAGACAAAAAUAAUAAAAGCCUGGCUAAGCAGGCUCUACAGCGCCUAAUGGAUAAUUUGCCCAUUAACAGUAAAUAUAAGGAGAAGGCAAUCCUUUUAAAUACAGAAAUAGAAAAUUCUGAAGAAAUAUAUAAAAAUGCACUUUCUUCGCUGAAGACAAAUGAACGCUUAUAUUUUAGGUAUGGAAAGUAUCUGGAGAAAAAGCAGCCAGUACAGGCAUUUAAAAUGUUCUGCAUGGCAUUAGAGUGCGGAAGUGAAAAGGCACCUGAAAUAAUCCCUAAGCUUAUUCAUUACAUCACUGGCACAACCAAUCCACUAUUUACUAGAGACAGCGUAGCUUCUUGUGCUACAGAAAUGAUGGAUACUGUCCAUAAUGUAGACAUUAAAAUAUUCAGGCGGUGCUACAUCCAAAUACUCACUCGACUCUCACAUAAGGAAAAGACCGUGGAAGCACUUCUUCAGAAGAUAUCGCUUAGGCUGAUUGAAGAGUUUCCAUCUGAGUUUGCAUGGCGAACUCUUUCUUUAUUCAACAACAAAAAGAACACUGCGAUUCACAAACUAAUAGAGAAGACCUCCUUCACAUUUAGGAAAUUAUUCUCUGAUGUAAUGGCCUUUACACAGACACUUUCCAAGCUAAGUAUGCAUUCAGCGGGCAGUGGGAUGGUUUCAAUCCCAUCAAUUCUAGGGGGGUCAAUAAUUGUCAGCAGAGGUAUUCCUGCUCCAUUUGAUGACUUUUUAUCUGAGAUCAUCAGUAUUUCGGAUAAUAUGUACGUUUUUGCGACUCUUCAAAAGCCCAAGAAGAUAGAGACCAUUACGUCCACGGGGUGCUACAAGUCAUUCCUGUGCAAGGCAAAUGAUGAUCUGAGAAAAGAUGCAGGGUUUAUGGACUUAAACUUACUCUUGAAUUCUCUGUUUCAGAGUGAUAACAAGUGCCGUGCAUUCAACAUACGAGUGUAUACUGUAGUGCCAAUAACAGAGAAGAUGGGGAUAAUUGAAUUUGUAGAAAACCUUGUAACUCUUAAGGAUAUAUGCAGCAAGCUGCACUCUACAGUGGGAAUCAACAUAAAAGAGAUAGCAGCUGAAUUUGGAUUUACCAAAAAGAUCGUUAUGCUUGGCAGAAAGAAUCUAGAAGACCUUUUAAAAAGAGUUUCUCCAGUGCUCCCAACAUACUUUUUACGGCAAUUCACACAUCCAGUAGAAUGGCUGCAGUCCAGGAAAAGGUAUACAAUAACGUACGCUGUAAUGAAUGCAGUUGGGUAUUUAAUGGGGCUAGGAGACAGGCACUGUGAAAAUAUUUUAUUUGACAGCAUCACAGGAGAGACCGUUCAUGUAGACCUUAACUGUAUAUUUGACAAAGGGCAUGCACUCACUGUGCCUGAAACUGUUCCAUUCAGGCUCACCCAAAACAUAGUGGCGGCUUUUGGGCCAACAAAAGAAGAAGGUCAGUAUAAACUUACGCUUGAAAGAGUUCUUAAGUUUUUAUCAGCCAAUAGAGACCUGAUCGUUGCAAAUCUUCUGGGAUUCGUGCACGAUCCAUUAGGAGAGUGGACAGGAAGGAAUAAUACAAAAACAGCAAUUCAAAUAAUCGAAAAAACAAAAGCUAAACUUGAUUUUGAUGACGAAAUAACUAAAUCUUCCGUCUUAAUUGAAAGAAGUACAUCCUUAGACUCUCUUGGUAAGAUGUACGUCUGGUGGCUUCCCUUUAUAUAACCGAAAAUCAAGAGUCAAUUACAUGGAAAUCCUUCAACUCGCAUAAUUUCAAUUUAAAUAAAAAUACAAAAAUAC